UAUUUUUAUCUUAACAACAAUAAUAAUAAAAAUAUGUAUCAAUUAUUUGCAAUUAAUUUUCAGCUGAACGUGUUGAUAGGCACCUACCUACCAACUGUUAUGUAAAACCAAAUCCGAAUAAACAAAAUGCAUUUAAAUUUCAGAAGAAUUUGCCAUUGUUGUUAUUUGCGAAUUUCCAUUAGCUUUGACCUUGGGUGUAGAAGAGCUGGCGGGGAGAUAAAAAAAAACACAUAAACGAAGCCCUGCGAGCAACGAAACGUUUAGUAAUGUUUCCCAUUCAGCUAAAGCGUAUUCGGUGGUAGAUGUUAAUUUUUUAUUCUCGCGUUAAACACACACGUCUUAUAACAAAUUGCGUGCGACAUACCUAUAUGUAAAUAUAAUUUUUUUUUUCCGUUCCAUUAUUGUGAUAAUAUCGAUGUUCUGUGAUGCCAAUUAAUCAUGGUGGCCCUAGGCAUUAUGGCAUGCAUGACCUUCACGUUGUUUUGGGGUAAAAAUCCAUUUUCCGCUACGAUGAUGCCCAGGGGUCGAUGCGAAGGUUGUUGCCCAAUAAACGAAAAAGAGGACAUCGCAUUUUUUUCAUAUUCGAGGAACAACCCUUUUCGUCCGAGGCGCAUAUAUAUCGGCGACGAUGUUUCCCUGCGCGGAGCCAAUAUGAUGAAAAAUUUGACCACCGUCAUCUAUGUUCACGGGUUUACGGAGCAGGGAAACUCCAAGGGUGCGGAGACCAUUAAAAAAGCGUAUUUACAUCGAGGAGGAGUGAACAUUAUAAUAGUCGAUUGGAGUCCUUUGUGCGCUUUUCCAUGGUAUAGUCACGCAGUGCUCAAUACGCGUAUAGCCGCAAAAUACUUGGCCAAGUUCAUCGAAUAUUUAGUGUCGAGAAGAUUCUAUCUGUCCAAAAUACAUUUAAUUGGAUUUAGUCUGGGCGCUGAAAUAGCUGGGUUCACUGGCAAGAAUCUUAAAAUCGGAAAACUUCCGAGGAUCACAGGACUCGACCCGGCUUUUCCGCUGUACAUGUGGACGGGCAAGAUGGGACACCUGACGCCUUCGGACGCCGAGUUCGUGGAUGUGAUACAUACCGACGGCGGAGUUUUUGGAUUUCCGGUGGCCCUAGGUCACGCCGACUUUUUCCCGAACGGAGGUUUUCCACUGCAGCCGGGGUGCACUUUCAGGGAGCUGUCGAAGAACAACCUCAUCACCAGAAUCAUGGCUUGCAGUCACGACAGGGCGUGGGAGUAUUUCGCUGAAUCCGUCGUCAAUCCGAUUGGAUUUCCUUCGUUGCGAUGCAUAAACUACGAAUCAUUUACCAACGGCACGUGCUUCAGAAACUUCGCGUACUCCAAAGAACAAAGAGUCCAGUACAUGGGAUUGGCAGUCAACAAACAGAUCAGAGGUCAAUUCUACUUGGCUACCAAGCCGACUGCACCGUUCGCAUACAACAAAAUAUAUAAACCCUAACUGAGUUGUUUGUAGAACUUUUUUUUUUUAGUUUAAGGAAAGAAAAAGAGAAUUAAACUUGUUUCCUACUUUGCAUAAAAAUAUGUUCUUGGAGUCAUUUUGAUUAAAUUAUGCGCUAUAUCAAUGUAUUGUAUACCAGCUAAUACAUAGUGCAGUAAACAGUUAACUCGGCAGCACCUAUAUAUACACACUGCUUAUAAAACAGUGGAAACUUAUAGAAAGUUUUUAAGACAUCGUCCUACGUGCGCGUGCUGUUGUAUAAAAU